AAAAAAGAGAAGGGCUUUCUGAUCAAUGGAGGAAAGGGGAGAAUGCUCUGGUUCAGCCAAACCCUCAGAUGAAAUCUGGGCCAAGCUUGUUCCGUCAGACUCGAGAUAUUCAGAUGUUGAGAUAAGGUCAGAUGAAAAAGUAAUAUGUUCGGAGAUGUCAUCUACUUGCAGUGACAAACAUAGCUGGUGCAAAAUAGUAAGGAAUUCUGAUCUAUGUUCUGCCACAAUGGAAAAUAAGAGUUCAAAUACAAUACUUGUUGAUGGGGCUGAGGUAUGCAAUGAUGACACCCUUGUUAUCAAGGAUGGAAGUGAAAUUAUCCCAGCUCCUGAUAGAGAAGGAUUUGUUAGCUACAGAUUUCAUGUAAUGUCUAGUCCAGAAACCUGCCAGACGCAGCUAAAGAUAUGUGUAGAUGUCGACCAUGCAAAGUGUAGCAUUUGUUUAAACAUAUGGCAUGAUGUUGUCACUGUUGCUCCUUGUCUUCAUAAUUUUUGCAACGGUUGCUUCUCAGAGUGGUUAAAGAGGUCAAAGGAAAAACGCUCAACCGUACUUUGUCCUCAAUGCAGAGCAGUUGUUCAAUUUGUUGGAAAGAACCACUUUCUGCGUACCAUUGCAGAGGAUAUUGUAAGAGCUGAUUCUUCCCUAAGACGCACGUCUGAUGAAGUUGCACUUUUGGAUACAUAUUCAUCUGUACGAUCAAACCUUGUCAUUGGAUCUGGAAAGAAGAAUCGAAAGAGGGCCCAUACACCACUGGAUGAUCAAAGUGAUGGCACACACCAUCAGUGCCCACAGUGUGUUACUGAAGUUGGUGGGUUUCGUUGCAAUCAUAGCACUGUUCAUCUCCAAUGUCAAUCAUGUGGAGGAAUGAUGCCUUCCCGUACUGGUUUUGGUGUUCCUCAAUAUUGUUCAGGAUGUGAUAGACCUUUCUGUGGAGCUUACUGGCAUGCGUUAGGGGUAACUGGGAAUGGCUCUUACCCUGUUUGCUCCCAGGAUACUUUAAGACCUAUCUCAGAACACUCUAUCUCGAGAAUCCCUUUGUUAGCGCAUGAAAAGAAUCUGCAUGAACAGAACAUCACUGAAAGUUGCAUUAGACAAAUGGGGAGGACGUUGCAGGAUGUUAUUUCAGAGUGGAUAGCAAAGCUGAACAACAAAGAAAUUGAUACAACACGAAUGAUGCUGAAUCAUGCCGAAAUGAUUACUGCUGGGACAUUUGUAUGCUGUGAUUGUUAUCAGAAGUUGGUGUCAUUUCUCUUGUACUGGUUUCGGAUUUCUAUUCCCAAAUACCUUCUUCCACCGGAUGCAUCAGCAAGAGAAGAUUGCUGGUAUGGAUAUGCAUGUCGGACACAGCACCGCAGUGAAGAGCAUGCUCGUAAAAGGAAUCAUGUGUGCCGUCCAACCAGAGGCUCCCAUGUUUGAUGUUCAUAUUUUUCUUUUAAGUAAUAUCUUUGUUUCUAAUCCUCACCUUUUGAGUUAAACAAAAUGCUGUGUCGGUUAUAGUCUUCUUCUUGGAUAUAGAACUGCUUUUGGCUGGCAUCACUGGCUGGAUUCAUAG